UCAGUUAUUUCGAUGAUGUUGCCACUAAUAGUUGUUAUUUUUGCUUUAUUAGGCAGUAUCUCCAAUGCAUUGCCACAGAUAUUCAAAAAUGCUUUGUCUGCUUCCCUACUAGUUGACAUUAUUAAAUGUGUUGCCACCUUUUUCACUGAAGAAAUGGAUCUGGCUAUCAGAUACAUAGAAAAUUUAACUAAUUAUUUCUCAAGAUUUGACUUGUUCAUCAUGUGCCUUUCAUCUACAGAUAGAGAUGAUCUCCACAAGAUUUGGGAUGAAGUAUUUUGUAGCGAGGCAACGCCAAUUGAGUAUGCGGAGAUGCUUGAUAAACUUCGUUCAAGAUACUGCCUCAACCGGUGACAUGCGUGUUCUAAAAGAGAUCUUAGGGAUGGUCUUUGUGCUAUCACAUUUUCAUUUUUUGUCCUCAGCCAUCAUAAUCCUAAAUCACUUAAUUAAAUGUGGAAAUGCUCCACCACUAUUUGGUCUACUUUGUGGACCUUCAUAAAAACAAUCCGUGAAGGUCUCAAAUAUGUUCUUUUUCAUUUGGUUUGUUUACAUGAUCCCUUCAGGUCACGGCUAUGAUCCAUUGUUCCGAGUUUGUGCAUGUGUACAUAGGUAAUUGAUUUUGAUGACAUAUUAAGCCUUGAUAUUACAAUCUCCAUUAUCUUAUCCAUUAUUACAAUAA